CUGACUUCAGAACAACCCUGUUCAUAUUUUUAUUAAGUUGCUUCAAAACGAGUUAGUGAUAUGAUUAGAAGUCAAUAACUUACAUUUAUUUUAACAGUUCAUCAGAAUAACUCAGGUUCAAUGUAUUCCUCAAAGAUUGUUAAAAUCAAAUUGAAACCCUCUGUUUAUAGACAGGUUUCAUUCCAAGCAGGAAAUGAAUAUACCAAAGUUCCUAAAUAUCCCGAAAUCUUGGAUAUAUCAGAAAAAGCGAAUGCUAAUAGAGAGAAAUUAGCCAAGCAUAAAAGAAUAGAAGCUUUGAACACUGUUGAGGAAAAGCUUUUUGCCCUGAAUAUGGAUAAAUAUUAUGGUUGGAAAUCAUUAAUUUUAAAAGAGGGUGAAUAUCCUUACAAUUUUUUACCUCUUGUGAAACACAUUACAAGAACUCAUGUAAAAGAAGUUGAUAGUGUGGGAUUUCACAAGGCUCAACGACUGAAUUUAGAGGAAUCCCAAGAACUUCUCGACAGAGUAAGACCUCAUUUACAAGAUGCACUUUUAUUUGAGCUUAAAGGAAGAAGAAAUGAUCCAGAGGUUGAAAGAAUGAAUUCAAAGAAUUUCAAAAGUGAAAAAUGUAUCUCACUGGUACAUAAGAUCAAUAAUGUCCUCCUAACAUAUUUCUCAAAUCAUUUUCCUCACUUAAUGGAGUCAAUGGUGGAUUACGAACCACGGCAAGAAGCAUUUUGGUGUGUUGGAGGUUUUCAUCCCAAUGAUGAAGAAUACAAUAAAAGGAAAGAAAAUAAAAAACUGUCUGAAAAAGAUAUAAAUGAAAAAGUCGAACACUGGAUUCAGUAUUUAGGAAAUCCAGUUAUUCAAGUUCGGCAUACUUUUCCAUUGGAUACCCUUGAUACUAAUGCCAUCAGCAGCGAACAAGAAGAGGUGUCUUUGAAUGCAGCAUUUUCAGAGUGCUAUGACCCAACUCUUACUUAUGGGCUUGAGUUAGGUCGGAGACACGGAACUAAUAUACCAGGUUUUUGGCCUGGUGACAAGAAUGAAUUUGGGCUGAUGUCAUACCAUGCUACAGAACACCUUGCACAAAGGCCAUCUCAUUUCGGUGAACAUGAUCAACAGAAUACUCUGCAUUCUCAAGCUAUCUUAGCAUCCUUCAGUUGGUUACUUUCACAGGCGUCUUAUCAAGGGUUUUCAACUUUCAGCGAGUUGACAUAUCCAUUGGUGAAUCAGUGUAUACUAACUGAUGGAAGAGUUUUUGCUUUCUACCUAUAUCAGCUGAAUACGACACUACUCCAUUCUUUGUUCAUUGAAUCCAAUCCUAGGUCAAAUGUUUGUUUUGCCCUUAAACCUGCUCCUCUGUAUCAGGAGAUCAAAGGCAGCGAAUUCAUUGGAUGGAAUGAUGACACACUGAGAGCGCUGAUAUCUAUGUAUUUGUGCAGACCAGUGGAAAGAAAAGGCGUUGAAAUGAAGCCUUAUUUAGGAAAAGAAGAACAGAUUUUGGCUCAUAUACAAGAUGAAGAUAGGAGAGAUUGGUUACAUGCACAGUUUAGGCAUAUGUAUUCGAAUAGGCCAAGACACAAGUUGGGUUAUGAAAUUUAUGACUGGGAAAGAAUUUAUAAAAUCAAGUUCCAAACUCGGCCAUUGGAGGCGAGGAUACGACCCUUUGAAAGAGAUGAAGAUCCUCUCGAAGAAAGGAAAUAUUACGAACAUAUGAGAAAAUAUAUACCAAAAAGUCAGCGGCCAAAGAAGAAACACUGGACCGGCUGGAGAGCGAAGUUUGCUAAAACAUAUUAUCCUGAAAUAUAAAUAUGUUAUAGAAACGUAAAAAGAAAAAAAAAAAUGUAAUAUUUAUUAAUGUGUAAAUACUCUAAAAAUAAGAUAUUUUAGCCAGAUUGUAAUACUUUUAUAUUAAAAGUUUAUGAAAAUAAAAUGUUACCACAAUGUUGCUACAAGAAAAUUUUCUUCCAUUUCAAGUCUGUAUUAUUUAUGUUAUUGAAGCAAGUCAGUUGACUGUUCUGCAUAUCAUGGGUGAUAAAAUAGCCAGGAUACAGUAGGAACACCUUCACUGCUGGUAAUAUGUCCUGAUGACCCAAAAGUUUGGAUUGAAACAUCAACAAUAACAAAAAAAAUCUUAUAAUGACUGCGUCCUGACUAUUUAUCACCCAUAUUACUUAUAUUUUGUUAAAAAUAUAAUUAUAGUAUUACAUUUAUCCAUCAUGUAUUCUUAAAGAAUAUUCUAAUCUCUUCUAUCAACACUUACGUGUUUUUCUUUAUGUAAGAUAACCAAAAUGCUAUUAUUGUUUAUGCUAUACAUGUACUGCAAGAAGACCAUAGGGACUGUUGUCUGUUCACUUCAUUGUAAAAAAAAAAAUUACCUUUGUGGUAUAAUACUUUCUGGAAAAAUUUAAAAUGUUCUGAUUUCUACUUAAAAGAAGUUUUUUU